AUGGCUCAGGCUGUUGUCUCUUUUGCAGCCAAGUGGAUUGGUGAAUUGAUGAUUCAAGAAGCAAAACUCUUAUACGGAGUGCGCGACCAAGUUGACGAUUUGUUGGUUGAGUUAAGACAGAUGCAGUGUUUUUUAAAAGACGCAGACGCAAAACAAAUUGAACAUGAGAUCAUCCGUCAUUUGGUUGGGGAAAUCAGAGAAGUUGGUUAUGAUGCAGAGAAUGUGAUCGCAACCUUUUUCCUUAAGGCUGGGCCAAGGAGAAGAAGAGGCAUCCAAAACAUCCUCGUGAGAUCUAUCUGCAUAUCCAAUGAAUUCAUAGCUCGACACAAGAUUGGGUCGGAAAUUAAUACAAUCAAAAGUAAGAUCAUUAGGUUUACUGCAGGAUUAUCAAGUUACGGCCUAAUUGCUAUGGCACAUGAAAGAGAAUGUUCAAGUUCUACGCUCCAAAGGUCAUCUCAGUUACGACAAACUUAUUCCCACGUUCAUGAAGAGGAUUUCAUUGGUUUUGAGCAAGAUAUCAAGAUAUUAGUUGCACAAUUGGUGAGUGAAGAAGCCAAACACUGUAGAGUUGUUUCCAUUUGCGACAUGGGUGGUUUGGGAAAGACUACCCUUGCUAGGAAAGUGUACCGUCACCAAGACGUUCGGUGCCAUUUUGAUGCCUUCACUUGGGUUUCAAUAUCUCAACAAUGGCAACUAAAAGAUGUUUUGCAAAGGAUCCUAACUAAACUCAUUCCAGAGAAAAGUGGGCAGAUUGUGAAUAUGAUAGAUGAUCAAUUAGUGAAGUUACUCUAUGAAUUUCAACAACAGAGAAAAUGCUUACUGGUUCUUGAUGACAUUUGGUCAUCAGAUGCUUGGGUCAGCUUAUCACCAGCAUUUCCCAAAGUAAAUACGGGCAGCAAAAUAAUCCUUACUAGUCGUAAAAAAAACGUGAUAACAUUUGUGGAUCCAAAUGGUUUCGUCCUUGAACAUAAGUGUUUAAGCAAGCAAGAAAGCUGGAAGUUGUUUGAGAAAAAAGCUUUUCCGAAAACAGAUACUACAGGUUAG